AGGACACGCCUGCCCCCUUCCCGUCCCCGCUCCGCAGCGCUCAUGCCCGUGAGCAGCCCGGCUUCUUUCGCCGCUCUUCCCGCUGCAGUCGCAACCGCUGUCGUUCCUUUUUGCUGUUCAUGAACCCGGAGGAGCCAGAGCUUUGGGCCCGCGGUUCCGCCACCGACGCUUUCCCCGCACGCCUGAGCCCGGGCCCCGCUGCGGACGCGGGAGCGGAGGAGGCGGAGCCGCGGCCGAUGGCGGCGGGCGGCGGGCUCGGGCUGCUGCCCUUCCUGCGGCUGCUCGGGCAGCUCAAGAGAGUACCGCGGACAGGAUGGGUGUACAGGAACGUGGCAGAGCCGGAGAGCGUCUCCGACCACAUGUACAGGAUGGCGAUGAUGGCUUUGGUGACUGAAGACAAGAGCCUUAACAAGGACAGAUGCAUACGAUUAGCUUUGGUUCAUGAUAUGGCUGAAUGCAUUGUUGGAGAUAUUGCUCCUGCAGAUAAUAUCCCAAAAGAGGAGAAACACAGGAGAGAAGAGACAGCUAUGCAACAACUGACCCACCUUCUAUCAGAGGACCUCAGAAGAGAGAUCUAUGAACUCUGGGAAGAAUAUGAAAACCAGUCUAGUGCAGAGGCCAAAUUUGUAAAGCAGUUGGAUCAGUGUGAGAUGAUACUGCAAGCAUUUGAGUAUGAAGAAUUGGAAAAGACACCUGGCAGACUGCAGGAUUUUUUUGAUUCAACUGCUGACAUUCAGAGCAAGUGAGAACUAGUUAUUUUACUCAUUGCUCAAGUCCCCUAAUAUUUCUGGAGAACCUUGAUUCAUUGUGAACAUACCUGACAUUUACCUGUAGGUAUUAAACCGGAAUUUAAUUUUUUCCAAAUUCCUUUUACAUCACUUUUUACCUUACAGAGAAGCUCAACUAUCAUGACACUUGCAUGUGUGUAAGGAUCUCCCUGAAACAUCAGUCUUCAUAAAGGAAUCUUCAGUGUUCACCCAUGCUCUGACAGCAGCUUGUUUGUACUCUGUCAAUGUUUCAGGAACCAGUAAAGUAGAAUUUGUUAUCCCCAAAUGAGCUGAGUGACCAGCCUAAGGUUCCUGUGAAAACCACCUCAGUGAAAUGAUUAAGUUGCAACUGUGUUACGUUUUAUUCUUUCCACUGCUUUUCAUCCUUUGCAAAAUACACUGGUAGUUUAAAGCAGAGAUAGGUAAAAUAAUAAUCUUUAUCAUUUUGGCAAGCUGGUUGAACACCAGAGGAAGACUGUAACUGACUCAUCAUGUUCUGGGGAAAAAAAGUAGGGAUCGACAAACUCUAGGGAUAAGAGGACCAGCAGUCACCCAAUAGAGUCCCUGACAAGUCCCAUUUAUACAUUGGUGAUUCCCCAGGGAAAUAAUAAUCUCUCUGUAAGACUUUGAUUAGCAAAGGGAAAAAAAAAAGACAAUGUGAACAAAGCUUAUAAUGCUUUAUUUUCUAACUGACAUCUUUGCUCCCCUACCAGAAUUCAAUAACUUAAAUUGAGCUGGUGCCUGAGUAGAACAUGCAGCAUAUACCCGAAAUGCACCUGUAACUGGAGUGGUUUCCUGUAGUACGAUACAUAGUAUCCUUAUCUUGGUGUAUCAGGGUGCAUUAAUAGAGCACAAAAAUACAAGCUUUUUGUGAAGAAGGGAUGUAGCUACACUUAAUCCAUAGUUGGAUUGAACUAGGAGCAUUCACUUUCUUAAAAGAAUAAUUCGACAUUUAUUCUGAGCCUAAAGUGACAUCUCUGCUAUUGUUCUAAUUCCAGGCUUUCACACAUGGCAAAAUGAGAGCAUUUUUCAUUAACCUUCCCUUUCUUUUGUUUUGCAGGGAAGUUUGUUCACCCAGAAAUACUCCAGCUUGUAUCUCUGAUUAACACAGAAAGGGAAAAAAGAAUAGCUGAUGCAUCUCAUCCACAUUCCUGAAGUGUUCUGAAAUCCUGUAGCCAUAAUAAAUACUUUGGUUUACAUUCUGGACAUUAUUUUUUCUCCUCUAACAUCACUGAUUCUGCUAGCCGAUUUUUUUUCCUUUGCAUUCACUGUUGAGAAUCCCAGGAUCACUUAGAGAGGAACAGGUAAUGUAGUUGCCACCCAGAUCAGAGGUUGUGUCAGGGAACAAAGAAUUAGUAUAUUUGGGAAUAUAAAUAAGUAUAGAAUAGAAUAAGUAUAUGCUUCUUUUUAAUCGGCCUCUGAUUAAUGCAGUCUCAGUUACAAAUAGAUUCUCCACUGGGGAAGUCUGUGUAUGUCUAAAAAUUAGUUGAUUGCAAUCUUAUCUGUUUGUGUAAUGAACUGUGUGGGGUAGGUGGUCUUGUUCUGUGAAUUUCUAAAUAUUUAUGGAUUUAAGUACCUUCAGAAUGGGUUAAUAUCCACUCAGUGCUACACAGAAAUGAGACCACUAAGCAUGUGUCUGUAGGAGCUCUUGACUGAGCUUAGUGAUGAGAUUUCUUUGGAGUGCAUAAGCCUUAAGUGAUGGUGCAUAAAACUAGUAAUCUCAUUAAUUAUAUUCUCUCAGUAUCUUCUUUGUUUCAUACAGCUUUUCCCCUAUUCAUGUGUUGUAUCAGGGAAUGGUGCCAGUAUUUCCAUAAGGUCUCUAUUCCUCACUCCACCUCACCCCCCUGACUGACAGUUGUACAGACUCCUUCACAAGUAAUUAAUAAUCACAGAAUAUCUGAGGUUGGGAGGGACCUUUGCAGUUUGUGCAAUCUAAUGCAGAAGCCUGUACAUCCAUGUAGAGCUGGCUUCCUUCUCCAGGCUGUCACAUGCUGGUAGCAGUUCUGCCACAAAUGAGUUUCUGGCAGAAGCAGAGCAGUAAUGUACAAGUACAGAAUGAUUGUGAAGUAAAGCUGUAGUGGUGGUAAAUGCCAUAAUGAGGCCAGUGCCAUGAUUACCAAAUAAGCAAAAUUUGCACCUGUAAAAAUUACAUGGUAGAGACUUGGAGUUCUCUGUCUUCCACCUCAUGUCAAAUGAAGCAGCAUAAAACUAAAUUCAAUUAUCAUAUCCUUUAAAUGUAGGUAAUGUAUCUGAGCACACAGUUUCAGGCACUGUGACUCAGGAAGUGCUUUCUAUACGCAAACCACAGGGGCCUGACUGAAGCUCACAAAGUGUUCUGUGGCUGGUGCCUUUCCUAGAGCGCAGAGUGCUGUGUAGAGAUGCUGGGAGCUUCUUGCCUCAAAGGCUGGCACAGUGCUCAAAAUAUGUGGAGUGUAUUGGUCUGUGAGGUGCCUGCUGUGCUCAAGAACCCCUUGGGGCAGCAGUCAUGCCCUGUGGCAACCCUGGAAAAACAGGUUGCACUUUGCUGAGCUGAUUAGUGGUUCUUGGCAACAGAUUGCCAUACUGUAGAGGGUGAUGGAGUGGGGCCCACCGAGCUUUUGUCAGCAUUUUUAUUCCACGUAGAUGCACACAAAUCACAGUGUCUGUUAGUUUGCAUUGAAUGCUGAGUGUGAAAGCUACAGAUGUAUGGAAGGGCAGAAUUGAGAACAUUCUUGACAAACCAGCAAAGUGGCCUUGAAGAGAUGUUUGGUAGAAACACAGCACAAAUAUUGUCCAAAGCAGGAACAGUCCAUUCAUGCAGCAUAGGAAGCUUCCACAUUCUGCAGGGGACUGAGGGGACAGCAUGGAACCCCAUGCACAGUAAUCAUAAGAGUGGUUUGAGUUGGAAGGGACUUUAAAGAUUGUCCUGUGCCAGUGGUGGGGACACCUUCCACUAGGUUGCUCAGUACUACUGGUGAACAGAAUUAAAACAUCACCAAGGGUAAAAGAGAAAAAAAAUUUUUAAUAAGAAUAUCAAGAAGUUCAUUUACACAAACUAAGUUGUCAAUUAAUAUCUUCCAUUUUAAAUAAAUCCACAUUUAUGCACAAAACCACAUAAAAUAAGCAAGAAAAUUGUCACAAGAAUACUAGAAAAACAAUUAGAUUUGCUUCCAUGCUAAAAAUCACACUAAAGAGGCAUUUCAUAUAAAUGUCCAAAGUUAGCCUAUGCCCAGUAGAACAUUACAAAAGGACUUUCAACUUUGUAAAAACUAACAAAAGCCACACAAGAAAAACCAAAAAUCACUUAAAGCCAUAUUUUCUCACAAAAUUUUAAGCAGUCUGUAAUGUCAAACUCACACUGAUUUGAAGCUUUGGCGUGCGCUCAAAAAAUGCACCCAUUCUCAAAGUAGCCAGGCUCUUUUCCAUCCUGUUUACUCAUAACGUCGUGCCCGCCCCCGUGUGUGGUGAGCUGAGCAACGCAACAUGCGGACUGACAAGUGCUCACUAUACAGCAAGAUAGUGUCACAAAUGUGCUGCUCUUUCCUUAGAAAACAUGUUAAAAGAAUGCAAUUCAGAAAACAUGCUGAAUCAAAGUUGAGAGAUGUCUGGCUCUUGAUGAUUGAGCAGAGAUAAUGUGGUUGGUGGAAUUAAUAUCUUGGAGCGAAGCACAACAAAAUUUGACACCAAAAGUGAAGUUCUUACUCAUCCUGUGCAUUGUCAGGUGACAGGGUCUACGCUAGCAACUCUGAAGGCAUGGGCUCUCUCACCUAUGGCACAUCUGAAGCCAAAUGUUGGGUUUGUAUUCUUUCACUUAAAGCUGUAUCUUGACAGAAGCUCAUAAAUAUAUUUUCCCUUGGUUUUGAGGGGAAGAUAUGGAAGCAAAAAUAUGCCACUCCACUUGAUUUUAUAAUUAAGUUUGCUGCCAGGUCUUACCAAAUGAAAGAGAGGAAGCAAUGGUGCACAUUUUGAAACUGAAAUCUUUCCAGCCAAAAUGACAAUCUGAAAUCAGCAGCUGUGAUAGGUUGUUUAUGUAUGAAUAACCAGGUGUCUCUUCAUGCCCUCCUUAACUCUGCUGCCUAACAGGUGUAAGGCAAUGCCAGACCGUACCACUGAAGGAGAAACAGCUUUUUGUGACAGUAAGUGAUUUUAAUUCUGUUAGGAAAUAGAUGAUGUACAGACACUCCUGAGCAAAGGGCACCUGGUAUGGAUGGUAGACAGCUGGUGUAUGGGCUACUGCUGGCAACUGAAUGCUCUGCACAGCUCUAGGUCCAUCUGUCUGAUGGGGCACUGAGAGGGAAGCCAGAAACCAACAGAUAGAAAAAAGCAAACCAAAAUAAAUAAGAAACAGAGACUGGGAGAUUGUUAGAGGGAAGUUACACGUAACUGAAAACUAUUUAGUCACUUAACACAGAAUUUAGUGCAUUAUAGCCAAUGACUUAUGUGCGGUUUUGAUGAUGAUAAAAUGGCCCAUCUAAAAUAGAAGUAGGGGAGAGGAAACAUUUCACCAACACAAAGCCAGGAUGGCAAUUUUCCAAAGCUGACAAAACCUUGUUGCGCAAGCUGUGUGGUGAGGGAGAGCUGAAAAUCAUUGUCUGGACAAGUCUCUGAAGAGAGGCAUGUGGGGCUCAGGAGGGCCUGCUGUUUAACACUGAAGCUCUUCUUCACUUUCAGGGAGUCGGGUGCCAGCAAGGGAGCUCUGAGCACUAGCAUGGGCUGUAGAGCUGAGAACUUCUUCAAAACUUCCUCCUGUGUGGUUUGUCCCACCAACCUUGGUCUGAAAUAAGGCAAACAGAGAACAGCAAGAUUGUCUGCUCACACUGAAGCAAAUCCCAUUUCCAAUCCACCCCAUGGCCAAGGAGAGCAGGGAACUGUUCAGGCAGAGAAUGCUUAGGGAUGGUCCCUUAGAACAACAGCUGUAAAACCAGUCACAUAAAGUAACUUCUUUACUCCACAAUUUCUAAACUAGGCUGCCAUCAUAAAAUCUGACAGUGGCACAUCUCAUAUGCUUAAAGGAGACAGUCCCUAAGUAGAUCCCAGGUAGGAUCCUAGACCCUAGCAGUAAACCCAAUGUGGUUGUUUACCUGAGUAGCUCACACUGGUUUCACUGCUUUUUUUUCCAAUUCUAUGCAGGCCAGAUAAGAGAUGGAUACUAAAAUGAACUGGUUCAUUUGCUGUGUGGCCCACAUGCCAGCUAUAGCAACACAGCUGCUCACAAAAUUCAUAAACCAUACUGGGAUUUUGGACAGCAGAAGGAAUGUAGUAACCAAAGGACCUGAAUCCCCUUCAGGCACUUGUAGCUGCCAAGAUAUUGGAAUAUAAAACUGCCAGUGGCAUUUUCAUGGGGGAAGGCAGGGAAGAGAUAGCAAAAUACAUUAAUCAAACAUAUCCAAUGUGCUUGCACAUCUACUUCCAUAAUGCUUCAGGUCACUGAAUUUGUAGUAAGUAUUAAAAAUAAAAAUCAGUAAGACUAAAUCUCUGAAAAAGAAGUUUCCUAACAAAGAGCUGUGCCUAAAGAUUUGGAAAUUAUCAAGACUAAGUGAUGAAGAGACAAUGCUGUUUUGACUAGGUUGUCUUGGUAAGAGAACAUUCUUUUUUUGUGGCUUUGCUUGCUGAUAUGCCUGCUCCAAGUUGAUUCAAGUCUCAAAAUAAGACAAAACCUUUUACUCCACCCUAGAAUUGCAGCAGAACUCAAAGACAACCUGAUAUUUUUCAACUUCUCAGCCACUGAAUACUUAGGAAGAUUAUUUUAAUUAAAUGAACCUUGUGUUCUAAGUUUCCAAAGGGUUAAUCCUAUGUAAUCCUGUUUCUUUAGCUAGCACAGCAGCUUACCUAGCUUGAAAGUCCAAUAAAACAUGUAAUUUAUCAGAGUUCAGAUUUUCAGAAAAGUUGAGAAGAAUGAGGCACCCUGGUCCUCUUUGAUUUCCAGGGGAAAAUGAACUAGUAUACUCUCCUGAGAAAGCUGCAACCCAAAGUCCAGACUCCAAGAGCAAAUAAAAUCUAAUUUAAAAUUUGGCUUCUAAAUGUUAUGAAACCUGAUCAUCAGUUCUGGCAAACUGCAGAACACUAGGAUCACUGAAGAUUUGUAGCCGAUACAGGGAUUGGAAAGAUGGUAAGACUACUGCUGUUCUUUUUUCAGGGGUCUCACUGGAUAGCUCUCCAUUUUUGAGACCACAACAAAACCCUAGAAUUGAAGGGUAACUCCAUGAUUUCUCCCCCCAUUCCCUGUCUUCCUAAUCUUGCAAGCCUUGGAACACAGGUGGGAAAAAGGAGGAGCAAUGCUGAAACAUUCCCAUUUGUCUGCAGUCUACCCUAGUGGCACCCUAGAUCUAUGACUCCAGCUUCCUUUCCCCAUAAAGGAAAGGAAGAAAUUUGCAUAAAGAAAUGAAAGAAAGAAAGAAAGAGAAUACAGAAAGAAAAUAUUUUGAGAAAUGUCAGUAAGUUUGUCAAUAAAGACAGACAAUAAAUAUUUCAUGAGAUAUGGAGGAUUAUUUCAGACUCAGAACUUACUGUAUUGUCCUGCUUAAUUACAGAUUUCUUAAAGGAUGAUCUAAGAGUGCACUGAACACAACAUGCUGAGCUGGCAUGACAAAUACUCUCCUCUAGAACACCUUUGCUUAAUCAACAAAAUAAGAUCAGGCUUCUCAAGCAGAUCACUGUGAGCGGAAAUGGUCUUCAGAGCUGUGCAGUUUGAAUUACCUUUUUCUAUUUCUGAAUGACACAUUGAGAUGAGGGAACAGAGACUCCUUACCACCACUAUUUUUGGCAUUUCUGAGACCAUUUGCUUACUUUGGCAGGCAUCAGAAAUAAUUUCUUAGCAACAAAGCAAAGGAAAACAAUUUUUUUGCAUAUUGCCUUCAUUUUCCAUAAGUGCUCAAUGAAAUUCUUGAUGGAACAACAAAUCAAAUCAGUCUCCUGUAGAAAUGGUAAAGACAACUAAGCAGUCACACUUUAACACACACAGGCAUGUGAACUCUGCCCCUAACCUUUACCUUAAGGCUUGUGACAGUGGUUUCAACCUUCUCCUCAAAGGAUUUGAAAGUUGGAGAAUUCCUAGGAGAAAAAAAUAGUUGAAGGGAAGAAAAAGAGUGAGUUGCCAACAUCAUGGGAUAAUUCCACAAUUUGAGUAGUCCUUACCAAGCAACACUGCCAGCACAGAAUGAAGGCUGGCUGGCAGCACAAGGCUAUGAACACUCACUUGUGCUCUGUCAGUCAAAUCCAAUUAUGGUAAUCGGAUGAGUACUUUUUAGCUACAAAUUUUCAAAAGUAGAACCUGCCUAGUAAUUGAAACCAAAUUAUAACUGGCCUGCCUACUCUAUGAUACAUUUGUCACGUUCUCAGAAGAACAACCAGACAAUGCUGCCUGUAAUGCUGCUUUUCUAUGGCUUUAUCCAUUUGUAUUGUUGCUGUAAAGAAAUAAACAUUUUUUUCACUUUCUGAACAA